CUCUUGCCUCGCAAGGAACCUCAACCACCAAAGUGAAUUCGGGGGCUUAGGUAUCCCUCUUUAACUCCAUCAUCGAUCCUCGGCCCCUCGCUAUCACAUUGCGCCUCCUAAACCUCCACUGCUCUCGACGACGACAACAGUGACGACUCAUUUCUCGUGCUCUAUCCAUUUACACAGCCAAAACUGUGGUCACACUAAAAUCGAAUCGCUCUUCUUGUACCACUGCCCACCAUGAAGCUUCAUUACAUCGGAAUCAUUCGAAACGAUAGCAAGCCCGGUGUCGAGAUUGUAGCUGAGAAAGAACUGAGCGCAUACUCGCGCUUCACCCGUCAGAACUAUGGCGAAUUCAUGACAAUGUUCGCGAAGACGGUGGCCGAACGAACGAGGCCCGGGCAGAGACAGGAUGUUGAAGAGCAAGACUACACAUUCCACGCCUACGGGCGGACAGAGGGCGUCUGCGGCAUCAUCAUUUCAGACCAUGAGUACCCCGCGCUGGUGGCGCACCAGCUGCUUUCUAAAGUCAUGGACGAAUUUCUGGCGGCAAACCCGCGGUCCGCGUGGAUCUCAGCCUCCGCCAACAGCGUCAACAUGCCCGAGCUAAAGGAGUACCUUACCAAAUACCAGGACCCGCACCAGGCCGACAGCAUUAUGAAGAUUCAGAAGGAACUCGACGAAACCAAGAUCGUGCUGCACAAGACUAUUGAAAGUGUGCUGCAGCGUGGUGAGAAGAUCGACGACCUAGUCGCCAAGAGCGACGGCCUCAGCAACCAGAGCAAGAUGUUCUACCAACAAGCAAAGAAGCAAAACUCGUGUUGCUUGGUUAUGUAAAUACGAUAUAUGUCGGCGCCUCGUAAGUUUCGGCGUUGUUUUGCAGUCAGGAUUGAUUACGGUUUCAGCAUAGCGGUUAGAGGAUAUACGAGGUUGGCUUCUGUACUCAGCCUGAUUUUCUCGCCCCAACAUACCAGUCAUCACGUCCCACACGAGCCAAUAAGGCUUCAGCCUCAAAGGGGGACAGGAAUUAUGUCGUUCGUUCGUUACGGUCCGCUGAGGGAGGGGGAGAUCACGGCCCGAUCAUGGACUAAUGAAUAGAGAGAGGGGGGUUUUUCUCCAACUUUGUACCGUAAUGGUUGGAAAUAUUACCAUCGGGGAUAGCUAGGCUGGCCUUCUUUCACAGAACAAGCAGGCGAGCUAUAAUAUAAUUCAAACAAUCAAAGUAAACCAUCUAGUUAUCUACAUACCUACGAACUUGGAAUCGAUCGCAUUGGA